GUUAAUGUUCAACUGUUUGUUGUAAAUAAUCAAUCAUUUUUGUUUUCAUUUUCCAAAAAAACAAAACAUUGAUCAAAACACUCGUUACUAUAGUAACGACAGAUUUUCAGAUAUCGGUAAACGCACACUCCUCGCGAAAAUUUGGAUUUUUGACGUGUUACGCGACUUGGAGAAUCUAAGUACAUUUAGGAAUUGAUAUUGAUUGAUCUAUCACAUGUAUUGAGCAUGGUUGACGAUACUGCAAGCCAUGAGAUUGGAAUCUACGCAAAUCUAAACUCUGAUACGUCGUUUAGGCUUAUUGAGCUCUCACCAGAACUUUUGGAGAUUAUUGAAAAUGAUGAAGAACCAAUAUUCAUAAAAGCAUCAAGUGAAGAAAGUGAUAUAGUACUAUGUUCUAAAACUAAAAGUUUUCAAAUCAAACAAAGAAAUCACUCCAAUACAGUAAUGCUAAUGGAUUCUAAGAACAGCUGUGAAGAGGAAAAAGGCGGGUCGUUUUGGGGUUAUUCUUCGCAAGCAUCAGUUUUUGAAUGUAAACCAACUUCAGGUAAGAUUGAUGUUCGAGGAAUUCCAAUUUAUGAUGGACAAGGUAAUUUUAAAAAAGGUGGUUUAGAAACUUCACUUGAGUAUUUAAGAGAAAAUGCCCCGAUUUCUGAUUUUGAGUUUGACAAAGCAUGGUUUAAUCUAAAUGGGUCUUCUAUUAAUGGUCAAGCUGUUAUUCUAUCUCAUGAUUUCAUAACACGUUCAUUGCAUGUGCUUAUUAUGUCUAUAAUGGCAUCUAAUCUGGAUUUCAAUGAGCUAUCUUUGAUAGAAGUUUACAAAACAUUGAGUGAAGAUGAUGAUUACACGAUUGAUGUUGUUGAAACUGUCUUGAGGAAAUUUUCUAAAGAAGAUAAAGAACCGUUCAGUUUGAAUAAAGAAAAGAUAGCACAAUGGUAUGGUAUUGAAACGUUAAGAAAAUUUGGAUCUGAAAAAUAUAUUUCGCCUUCUGAGUUUUUCAUCAAAUGGAAAUCUGAAUUUCCUCCCUUUUUUGAGUGUUCAAUUGAUUUACCGCUGUUAAAUGGGUUUUUUGUUAGACCUUUACCUGAUAGACUCCAGUACUUAUCAAAGUAUGAACUGCCGAAAGAUAUAAAUGAAAGACUAAGGAUACUGUUCAAGCUACAAUCAACAUGGGAAUUGAAUGAUAUUAUCCCAUUUAUAGAGGAGUUCAACUCUAAAGGGUUGAAGUUUGAGAAUUUCAUAAUGAAAUUUGCCAAAAAGAAGAAAGUCGGGAAAAAAAUUUACGUUACUCCAAGGUAA